GAUCUACCCAACAUCAUUUCAGACUUCUCUUCUGUUGAUGCCAACAAGACUGUUAGCAGUUUAGCCGUUUUUGCAGAGAGUCCUCUGAAAACUGUUUUUACAUCGUCGUCAAAGUCUACAGUGGAACUAAGACCAUCUCCAACUUGGAGUCAGAUUGUUUUGCCAAUUUCAAGCCCAAAACAAACCCUUAACCCAACAGAUAUACCUGUGCCAGGAGGCAGAAUGUUAACGUCGACUGCCAUGACUUCGAGCAUUACAGAAAUGAUGAACAGUACUCACCCCACCCCGGUGCCUCCCGCCCAGUCAGCGUUCACCCCUACCCCUGGACUCACCCACCCGCCGGCUGCCUUACACCCCUCCACAUCCACACACAGACUCCACAGCAUCUCCAGCCUUCUUAUAUCACCUUCCUCCAUACCUGCUGCUGAUGGGACGUUACAGAACUUUACGGAACCGACAUAUCUACCACCACAACCUGGAGAGCACCACAGUACAGCACAUAUUGUGCUGGUUUGGGUGUUUGCACCACUAGGGACUCUCCUGACAGUAUUAUUCCUUGUUGCACUAGGUUUCUACAUCAGAAAGAGGAGAAGACUGGAAAAGCUGCGUCACCAGCUGAUGCCUCUCUACAACUUUGACCCGUCUGAGGAGGGGGAUGACUGGGAAUCUGAGCUGCUAAAUGAAGUCAAGGACACUUCCAGUCUUGUUUCAGACCGUGGAAAGUCACAGAAGCUACACUCUCCACCCAACCCAAAAUUAAGCUUCAGCUCAGAGUCCACAGAGUUGAUGUGACGGUGUGUACCUGUGGGGACCACACUUUCCAAGCUUUGUCUUCAGCUAUAUUCCAGUUUUUGUUCCUGAUUAGAUGUACAUAUAAGCGUUACGGAGCUGAUUAUGCAUUGUUGACAGUGCUGUUUGUUGUUUACUAAGAUGCUAUACCAACAUUUGGUUUGGUAAGAUCAUGUCACGUAAAUUAUGAUUUUGCUUGCAGGGCUUUUGGUCAGUAAAACAGCUUUAUCUGAUGCCAUACUUGACAGCUAGAUCACAGAUAUAGUCCGGAUCCUCCUGAAUUUUAUGGAACUAGAUAGUGCUUUGGCAGAACAUACUGCCCCUGUGGGAAACCUGUUACGUAUAGUGCAUAGCACUUUGGUAUAAAAUCCCAUCUGUAUUCACAUAUUUAAGGAUCACAUCCAGUCGAUAGUUUUAAAGUGUUUUGUCAGAAAAGAUACCGUCUGCUAUGGGAAAAAUUCUGACGUACCAUUGACCAAACAUCCAGUGAAAACUGCUGACGUGCCACACAACAUAAAAUUAACGAAUUGAUCUAAACUGCUGGCAGGCUGGUAUACUAUAGUACUAUAGCGUUGUGUUUCUUACUGUGCGGGUAGUUAUAUAACUUGUAAUGUUUAACUGACGUAAAGAAAAUCAUGAAGCAUUUUGUUUGCAUUCAAUUGAUAGUGGUACCAUUUAUGGAUAAAUGUUGUAAGAUAGUCAUUGUGUUACCGAGUGUACUUCCAAUCAUGAAAGAAAAGGCAGGCCCAUUAACAAA